CCUGAUAAGAGAUACGAUAAAUAGACACAACUAUAUGCUAUAUCAACGUAUGUGGUCAGACGGCUACAAAGUGCGAAGAUGAUCAAAUUCUCUGGAUUUUUUGUAUGCCUUCUACCGUUACUGGCACUAGCCCAGAACGAUGUUACGUGGUACGAUUACUACACGGCAGGCGGUCGAACAUCAGGACUCAUUCCAGCCAGUAAAGAUGGAUUUUUAUUGAAUGGAAAACCAUUUCACAUCAUCAGCGGAGCAGUUCAUUAUUUUCGCAUCCAUCCGACGCAAUGGCGCGAUCGCCUGAGAAAACUUCGAGCCGUUGGAGCCAACACAGUCGAAACAUACAUGCCUUGGAAUCUGCACGAACCUCGUCGAGGAGAUUAUGAUUUUAGUGAAGGGCAAAACGAUCUCUCUGCCUUUCUAAAUGUGACUGCUUUCGUUGAAAUGGCUCAGGAGGAAGAUCUAUUCGUCAUCUUGCGACCAGGCCCGUACAUUUGUAGUGAAUGGGAUUUCGGUGGGUUGCCAAGUUGGCUGUUGCGCGAUCCCGAAAUGAAAGUCCGCACCUCCUACCCCGGAUACCUCCAAGUAGCAGAUGACUACUUGACACAAGUUUUUUCGAGAGUGGUCAAUUUGCAAUUCCAAAAAGGAGAUGGGCCUAUUAUCGCCUUUCAAGUAGAGAACGAAUACGGAGCUUUUGGUGUGGGUGACGAGCCGCGUGACACGGAGUAUCUGAUCCAUUUAAGAGAUAAAAUGAUUGCGCUAGGAGCUACAGAAAUGUUUUUCACUUCCGACACACCUACUAAUAACGGAGAUUUAGGUGCCGUUCCCGGAGAACUUCAAACGGCUAACUUCCAAAAUAAUGCUGAUGCUCAAUUUGACGCACUCGAUAUAUUGCAACCUGAUAAACCAUACAUGGUUACCGAAUUCUGGAGCGGAUGGUUCGAUCAAUGGGGAAAAGGAUAUCACGACGGGUCGUCUUUAGAAGAUUUUUCCUACACUCUGGAACGCAUCUUCACCAGGAAUAGUUCAGUUAAUUUCUACAUGUUUAUCGGCGGAACUAGUUUCGGGUUUAUGAAUGGCGCCAAUCAGUUUGCGGAAUUUCCAUUUUACGCAGCGGACGUCAGCAGUUACGAUUACGAUGGGCCACUGACCGAAGCAGGCGAUUACACUGACAAAUAUUAUGCUGCGAAAGAUCUUAUUGCUCAGUUCAACAGAGUUCCUAACAUCUAUAUGCCAGCUUUGCCGGCCGAAAGUGUCAAAACAGCAUACCCUGAAAUCCAAACGACGCAACACCUAACGCUAGAAGAUCUUCUUCUUCAACUGCCAAGCAACUUGGUGAUCCAGUCGGAUAACGUGUUGGCCAUGGAAGAUCUUCCAAUCAAUAACGAUAACGGUCAGAGCUACGGAUACAUUUUGUAUCGAAAUUCAGCACCUUUGACAGGUGGCAGUCACACCAUUCAGACCAUCGGACACGUUAGAGAUUUGGCUGUUUUAAUGUUGGAUCAACAACGUUUGACUUCUGAUUGGAAAAACGACGCACAAUUGAAUGAUUUCGGUUUCUGGCCCCUUCCGAAUCAAACAUUUGAUUUUAAUGCUGACAAAGGUGAUGCGACCUACGUGGUAGAUUUGCUAGUAGAAAAUAUGGCAAGGAAUAAUUUUGGACCACCGAGUUACUUCUAUCAGAAACGCGGAUUACCGGAGGGACCUGUUUUAUUGGACAACGAAGAAGUCGUCGGAUGGACUAUGUUCCCACUAGAAUUUACAUCGGCUUGGGUUCGAAGUUUGAAAAACUGGAACAACUCUCCAGCUCCGCCAUCAACUGCCAACAGCCCCACACUAACUAAAGCUACUCUGAGCAUUUCCGGUGAUCCUACCGACACAUUCAUCACAACGGUCGGAUGGGGCGAUGGUAAUCGAGGGGUCGUUUUUGUCAAUGGAUUCAACAUCGGUCGUUAUUCGGGUAUCGGUCCAACGAAAACUCUUUACAUUCCCGCGCCGUUGCUCAAUCGUGGAGACAACACCAUUCUGGUAUGGUCUCUAUUCGAGCCCGUGACGACGAUCACCUUCUCCGACCAGCUAGAUUUAGGUGUGCCGCUCCAUCCGUAAUUCUCGACCCUGCGCUCCUGAAAUGAAAGUUAAACCCGAUUCAAAUUUACAACCAUAAUUUUUCAAUUAGAUAAUGUCCAAUACAAUUUCCUUUCCUUGAUUGCAAA